AUUACCGUACGAAAACGCUACUCGGAUUUUGUCGAACUGAAAGAAUCGCUGAUGAAGGAAUACCCCACAUUAAGAAAAACUAUACCAAAUUUACCCCCAAAGAAAGUAGUAGGCAAAUUUACGCCGAGUUUUGUAGAGCAGAGAAGAAAAGAAUUAGAGUAUUUCUUCAAAUAUAUUGUAUUACAUCCAACUUUGGGUGGGAGUUCCAUUGUAAAGCAAUGGAUUAUAGCUCAUUAA